AGACAAUAGCCUCUAAUGUCCAGGCAUCCAGCAGGCGAUGAUGAAACACAGCAAGAUGAGUCUGCCUUCAAGCUUGAAUCACUUUUCUGUUUUGAGAGAGAAGAUGCAACUAUUAAUAGAUUGGCCGACUAAGAUUCAGAAGCUCUGGGACGAAUGGGAGCUCCGGGGAAUGGUUCUUCUCAGCCUCUUAUUACAAAUCAUUCUCUUCUUGUUGGGCAAUCGUAGAAAAUACAUUGCUUCAUAUUGGUCACAGAUCAUUCUUUGGCUCUGUUAUGUUUCUGCAGACUCUUUGGCUACCAUUGCUCUUACUGUCCUCUCUUACAGCCAACUACCACAACAUGGUAGUACCAAAGAAUCAAUAAGGGCUUUAUGGGCACCGUUUCUUCUUCUUCACCUUGGUUACCCAGACACCAUCACUGCCUAUUCCUUAGAAGACAACAAAUUGUGGUUGAGACACUUGCUUGGACUAGUCUUCCAAGUCAGUGCAGCAUUUUAUGUCUUCCUAAAGUCUAGGGUUGGUAGUCGUUUUUCUAUACUUACACUUUUGAUGUUUGUCCCUGGAAUAGUCAAGUAUAGUGAGAAAACUAGGGCUCUCAGGUGGGUUAGUAAGGACUAUGGAGACUCUUUGCUCCAAACCCAUUUCAUGGAGGAAAAAGAAAAGGUUUCUAAGCAGGCCAAAGAUGAAGUUCGACUUCAAAUAAGGAUGGAUCAAGAUGAUCUAUCCGAUGGAGAGAUUUUGCACAUGGCUCAUCACUUCUUUGUGACAUUCAAGGGUCUAUUCACAAAUCAUAUACUCAGUAUUCAAGAUUGGAAGGAGAGCAAGUCAUUUUUCCUUCAAAGUUCAUGGAGAAGUGCCUUUAAAAUGAUUGAGGUUGAACUAGGGUUUAUGUUUGAUGUAUUGUAUACAAAGGCCACCUUAGCUUAUACUCUCAUGGGCUUUUUUCUCCGGCUAGUUUGCUUCCUUUUCACCAUCAAUUCAUUCCUACUCUUCCUCCUCACUGUCGAAAAGCAUCAUCAAUACCCAAUCAUGGACGUAAUCACAACUUAUGUAUUGUUUGGCGGAGCAAUUACUAUGGAGAUCUAUGCAACCAUCAUUCUUAUUUUCUCCGACUGGGCAUUCCUUUGGCUAAGCAAGCAAAAGAAGAUGAUCCCAACAAUAAUCUCUCAUGCCAUGGAAAGACUCAUACCUUGUAGGAGAAGGAUGCGUGCUUCAGUGGGACAGUGCAGUCUAAUCAAUUGUUGCCUCAAAGAUAUAUCACCUUCAAUGAAGCGUUAUGUUCAGAGGCUCUUCUGGAUUGAGAAAAUUCUGGAGAAGCAUCGGUGGUAUGUGUUUUCGAAUGCAUUGCAAGAUGAUGGAAUAAGAGAAUUAAUAUUCCAACAGCUUAAAGCAAAAGCAGAAAGCAGUGUGGGGAGGUUUGAGAAGGAGAUAUAUCCAUUUCCAAGUAAAGGAGAUGUUUUGCUUAGAAAUAACAAUCAUGUUUGGCCUUUGAUUAAUUGGACUCUAGUUGAUGUAGAAUUCGACAAAAGUAUACUUCUCUGGCACAUCGCUACAGAUAUUUGUUAUGAGUCUGGAUUUGAUCAUUCACCAGCUAUGAAAUCGAAACGUGAAUUGAGCAAGUUAUUAUCAGAUUAUAUGAUGUACCUUCUCUUAAUGUGUCCUCAUAUGUUGCCCGAAGGCAUCGGGAUGAUCAGGUUCCGAGAUACUUAUACAGAAGUCAUGAAGAUUUUCAAGAAAACAAAAUCAAAGUUGAACAAAACCAAAGCUUAUAAGUUGCUUGAGAGAAAGAAAGUGAGUGGAUCAAACACAAGUAUGUCUGUCCUAUUUGAUGCAUGCAUGCUGGCAGAACAUUUGCAACAAUUAAAUGCAAAGGCAAAUUUGGAUGUAUGGGAGGUAGUGGUUGUUGUGUGGGUGAAGAUGUUGUGUCAUGCUGCGGAUAACUGUAGAGGCACCAUCCAUGCUCAGCAGCUCCAGCAAAGAGGUGGAGAACUUCUUACUCAUAUCUGGCUUCUCAUGGCACACCUUGGUCUAAUAGGACGAGUUAGAUUUUCAACAGAAGGACAGUAUAGACCCAAAUCGCCAUUAUCUGUAUAUAAAAGGGCUAGGAUAAAUCUAGAACAUUAG